AUGAACAUCCUCCUCGUCGCCCUAUUCAUGCGUGGUGUGGUAUGCGUCUUCAAGAUAGGCAACAUUCGCAUGCAGAUGAAGACAACACAUUUCUGUAAUCUUGACUUGAGGGACGUCAAAGGGAACCCAAUGGGAUGUCACAUCUCCAAGGCUAUGGAGACUGAAGGGCUGGUCCUACCUGGUAUGGAUGAUAACAAGUCGUUCACCGUUCAUCGAGACAUCUUCAUCGCCAAGGACGGUCAAGCAGUGGUUCAAGCAGCGCCAAGUCACCCGUAUCUGUAUCUCCUCAUGAGCCAGAACGACACGCACUUCAGCACCUCUCAACUCUUUAAUAAACAGUCAUUCCUCAUAGAGCAGGGAACCAGGAAAAAGGAUGAUAUGCCCAAUUCUCGCAGGCUCAAUGCCAAUCGUACGCUCGAGGAUGAUGGUUGGGUCUAUAAAGGUUUGGUAGAUGAAGGUGAACAGAAGCUGAACAAAUGGGUCAGAAGUGGCGUAGAAGGUGUGGAUCCCAAAUCGGGUCUCAAUUUCACUGCCCUCGCUCAGACUGGUGUGAUCAGUAACGCUUGGGUUCUCUAUCUAGACAAGGAUCAGAAGCAGAUGGUGAAGCUCUUGGGUAUUAACACCUUCGAGAAAGAUAAAGUAUAUCUCGAGUCCGAGGUCACUCAUUGGGAAGAGCUCGACGAUGCAUAUACCUUGGACGUUGCCAUGAAGGAUAUUUACUCGGCGUAUGAUAUCGUCCAGAGCCACAAUCAGGCACCAGCGAGAGAGGAGGCGCCACAACUAGAUGUUGAGUUCAUCAAGACCCGCUUGGUUACCGAAAAGGCUCGUCUAUUCUUCAACGAUGGGAAGGACCACUUCUGGAGGUCGAACGAGACUCAUAUUCGUGGAGAUAAGUCGGUGGCACCGAUUGAUUAUUUUCGUAUCUCCAAUGGCACAGCUGCACAUGAGUUCUUUCUGUACAAGUAUCACUCUCCUCUACAGGAGAAGGAUGAUAAGAAGGAGUUCCAAUUACCGUCGGCUUGCAGGACCGGUAAGACCAAGUCGGUCAGUAAAUUCUGUCUCUAUGUUGGUUAUAGCUCUAACGACACGCAACUGGGUCUCGACCUAUAUAUGGCUUAUGCCGAUGAAGAAAUUAAUGAAAAUAGAGCUCACCUCAAUGUCACAGUCCAUUUGAAGCAGCCGGAGACAGAGGUCCUACUUUUUGCUUUCGAAGCUGCUGGAUGCGCCUUAGUUUGGGGUUCUGAUAUUGACUUCGCAGGCUUGCACAUUCAAGUAUGUCUUACUGGUGCAGGAAGCGGUGGGAAUGGCACUUACGAAGGGAAAAUAGCGAUGUCGGUCGCGGUCGUAGUCAAAGUUCCUAUCGUCCCUGCGUUGAGAGUCACACUCUCUGGUCAAGUUGCAGUCAAUGCUUCGGACAAUGGUGAUGUCGAAGCAUAUGGUGAGCUUGGCAUUGAUUACUCGGCGGUAGUUGUCGGAGCCGGUAUAUCUCUGGACAUCUUCGGAAACACCGUUGAUCAUAAGUCGGAUAUCUGGGAAUUCAAGUCCCACUUCAACCUCCACGUAUGGCUCGAUGUCCUCCUCUACAGCCAUGACUGGCCAUGGAGCUGGACUAUUUGGGAAGCUGGGCCAGUUGAAUUGCGAUAA